AAAAAUAUGAAUUAUUUAAUUUUUUCACAAAUAUAUUACCUGGCACUAUGGGUCGACUUUAAACAACAAUGAGGCAAACGGCGAGUCGUCGACGGGUGGACGAACUACCCAAGGGAAUGCUUGCUGCUCUCCGUCACAAAGCCUUGCCGCCACAUAUUGUUGAUCGGAAACACGUGGCACGUCCCUUCCAGUCACGGCGAGCGCCGCCGGCAGAUUCCGAGCUGACGACUGAUACGUGGCUUCUCAAGGCAGCUCAUGCAGGAAUGGAAAAAAUUGAAUUUUCCGAUGUAGAGUUCGAACUCAAAGGUCGCACCCAUAAUAGGUUCGCUUGGGUUGAGGUAGCCCACAACUAUAGAACCUUCUUGGUGACAAAACUGCGAAUGAGAUCUGGGGAUGAGGAAUCUGAUUAUGCUAUAGAGACUAUUAAAAAGGAACCCGGAUAUACCUGAGAAUUCUUUACAAGACUCUGGGAUUUGAUCAGAAGAAGCUCGAUGAACUUUUUGAGUUUGUACUCUCCCCAAAUUGUGCCCAUGAAUGGGGAAGGAAAGGAGAAUAUAUUCAUAUUCAGAAAAUCUACUCCAUCUUUCUGGAGACACACAUUUGCCUUAAUAGAGGAAAGUAUAUAAAUGCUAUUGACGCUAUCCUUGAUCUAAUUUGUUUUGGGUACAGAUUACCGAGCAACCAUAUUCUGAAUGAUAAUAUAAUGGAAUGUGAUCCACAUCGUCAGCCUUGUAGUACUGUCCUUGAUUGCUUUGAACAUGUUUUGUCGAUUGUAAAUGGAUUGAGAAGUACUUACUGGAAAGGGCGCAUUGACCAAGCUCGACUUGUCCUGGCUAGUGACAAUGCUCGAGAGAAAGAUGAAGAUGAAGAUGAAAAUGAGGACAAAGAUGGAUUGUAGUGGAUUUUAGUUUAAUUUUGAGAAACAUACGUUUUACAAUUUGGUCAUCAGCUGGUAUUGAUGGUUUUAUGCGAAUGUACAUGUUUGCUGGUUUUAUCCAAAAGGAAAGUGAUGCUUAGCACGAGGAAAUUUGAGUCUGUUUCUGCUUGGCCUUCCGUUAGUUUUGGAGAUCCCUUUAUAUUUUCUUGUUUACUUUUGAUUUAUACCUUAAAUCAAACAUAUCUGGUGGUGGUAGUUUUUUGACCAGUUGUUUGUAACCUAAGGCCUUGUUUGUUUUAAA